AGUUCCUGCGCCCAAACCCUAGCCGCACGGCCGGAUCGUCGGCGUCGUGGUGCCCUCUCGGGGUCUCCGGUAGCUCCACCCGCCGUCUUCCCCGCUCGACUCGACCUCGAAUCUCACCUGCCCAUUCGGUAACCCUAGUUCGGCGCCGGCGGCCGGCGUAGGCGUGGGGCAGCAGGCUUCAGUGGCGCGUGGGCCGUUGGGGCGAGCUGGAGUUGCGAGACGCGUGACGGCAUCAAGCUCAAGCGAGCAGCGGACCAGCGGCAGUGUCGAUCAAGCUAAGCUCAGCUCAGCUUCAAGAUCUUCUUAGAGGUCUUUGGAUUUGCUAUAUCUUCUUAGGAAGGAGUAAGUCAUGGGGAGCAGGCAGAUUGUUGCUGUUCUUCAAAUAGGUGGAGAAUUCACAACUGAGGAUGAUGGUCGUAUGACCUAUUCUGGUGGAGAAGCGCAUGCGAUGCAUGUGAAAAGUGGUUGGACUUUUAAAGCGUUUAAACAUGAGAUAUCUUCAACACUCAAUAAUCUCAAACUUGAUACCUAUGUGUUCAAAUACUUCCUUCCAAGAAAUAAUAAGACUUUGAUUUCGAUUUCCAAUGACAAAGACCUUAAGCGCAUGGUGGAAUUCCAUGCGGAGUCGGAGACAACAUACAUCUACGUCAUUAAGAAGGUUGACAACAGGGUAAUAAUGAGCCCUGUAGAAGACUCCAGCACCCCUGCUGAUUCUGCUAUAACAGGUACUACUCCAGAUGGAUCUAAGCGACAAAAGAUCUGCGCAAGUUGGGAGAAUGCGAUCACUGGAGUUGGCCAAGUGUUUGAAGGUCCAAAGGAAUUCCGUGAUGCAUUACACAAGUAUGCCAUUGCACAUAGGUUUCACUACAGAUUUAUCAAGAAUGACUCUUCUCGUGUCACCGUGGAAUGUACUGAUGAUGUAUGUCCCUGGCGCAUGCAUGCCUCCAAAUCUCCUGCAAAGAAGGAGUUCAUGAUAAAGAAGGUGGUUGGGAGUCAUACAUGUGAGUCCGAGACUGUCAAAAGUCAUCGUCUAGCUUCUCAAAAAUGGGUUGCUAGUGUUAUUAAGGACAAAUUACGUGACAGUCCAAACUACAGACCAAGAGAUAUUGCAAAUGAUCUCCAGCGUGAAUACGGACUAAGCCUGAACUACUCUCAAGCUUGGCGAGGCAAAUUAAUAGCUCGAAAAGAACUUUACAGCCCACAUGAAGAGGCAUGCAAUCAGUUACCUUGGUUUCGUGAUAGAAUUUUAGUAACAAACCCUGGGAGUGUGGCAACAGUAGUGGCAUUGGAAGAUUCAAAGUUCCGCUUCUUUGUUGCAUUCCAUGCCUCCCUUCAUGGUUUUGAGCAUGGUUGCAGGCCUCUUCUCUUUCUCGACGUGGUAUCUGUGAAACCAAAUAAGCAUUGGAAACUACUGGCUGCUACUUCUGUUGAUGGUGAAGGUGAUGCGUUCCCCGUUGCGUUGGCUGUAGUGGAUGAUGAGAGUCAGGAAAACUGGCAUUGGUUUCUUGAACAGCUGAAGGCAUCAUUGCCUAUGCCUGGAGAAUUAACAUUCAUAUCAACUGGAAAAAGUGGUCUGUGGAAUGAUGUUUCUCUAAUAUUUCCCGACAGUUAUCAUGGAUACAAUGUCAACUUUUUUAUUGAAGAAUUCAAAACACAACUGGAUGGCAGUUGGAGUGAAGAUGUAAAAGAUAUAAUGGUCGAGCAUCUUAAGAAAGCCAUAUAUUCAUGCACAGUUGAUGAAUUCAAUCAUUAUAUUGAACUCAUCAAAGCUGAAUCUGAUAAGCUCGCUGAAUGGCUUAUGGAAGCUAAACCUGACCGGUGGUCAGAUGCCUUCUUCAAAGGGUCGCGUCUUGGCCAAUACACAUGCAGCAUUUCUGAGACAAUUUCUGACUGGAUCCCCAACAGAUAUGAGCUCCCGGUAGUGCAGUUGCUUGAUACAAUCAGAUGUAACCUGAUGGAGACGAUCUAUAUACGCAGGGAAUCUUCCAAUACAUGGUCAGAAGUAUUAACGCCAUCAGCCAAUCAGAAAAUGCAGGAAGAGGUGAGCAAAGCUCUCUCACUCGGUGUUGUUUGCUCAGCUGAAGAUGGAAACAGUAAUGUGUUUGAAGUGUGUGAUGGCUCGGUCUAUGUUGUCAACAUCGAUACAUGGGAGUGCAACUGUGGAAAGUGGCGUGCGUCGGGAUUCCUUGCCCACAUGCGCUUGCCAGUGCGGGGUUGCAACCAUGUCCCAUUCUCACCCGUCGCCAAGUCGGCCGACCCAAGGAAAAGCCAGCUGACCCUCGUAUUACAAUCAAAAGGGCAGUGCGCUGCAGCAGGUGCAAGGAUCAUGAUCCAGACCCAGCUUCAGGCCUGCGAGGAUGGCUCGAGCUUCUGCUUCUUCAGCACUGGUGCAGUCGAUGAUGGGCAAGCUGGCAGCCGCAACUGGGUAUCCCAGGCAAUCGGGGGCAACCACGCCGACAGCUGCAGCGCCGGUGGAUGGGCUGAAGGCUGCGUCAAUGUUGAUUUUGAUAACCAUCAAACUACAUCAUCUCUAGCUCCCCUUCCCGAAGGUGGAGAUGUCGAAGAACGAGCAGUCGUAUCUGACAACGCCCAGGUCCCUUCUCGUCCUGAGAGCGAAGCCGCGGUUUCUCGCAAAUCCGCGGCUUCCUCUGAAAAAGAAGCUGAAUUCGAGGCUUCGGAGUCGACCCAGUCUAUCCCUUCCGCUGUUUCGCCGAGGAACAAACGGAAAAGGGGUGACGCGGAAGGCUCUGGCACCUCCAAGCUGAGCAGUUCUCCUGUCGAGGAAACUGCUCCAGAAGGGACUGCUCCUGAAGAGACGAAGCCCUUCAACGCCUAUGACGCUGCCCUUAUUAGCUCUGGCGACGUGACUGCUCCAAUGAGCACGUCUCAUACUUUGGCUCUGUCGGAUACACACCGCACGACGGAGGAGACCUCGACUCCUCAUCCAGAUAUUCAGAGGUCAACUCCUGCCGCCAGCCCCCGAGCCUCCUCGCCAAAGAGGGCGAGGAUUGAACUAGGCGGAGAAUUCAACAUAGCCGGAGGUUCAUCGACUCCGCCCUUGGAUGAUCCUCUGAUGUAG